UCUUUCGUAUAGUUCAAGUCAUUAGAGAUUCUUUUAUAGCAUAACUCACACAAUUAUUGGUAUCUUUUGUUAACAAAGAUGGGUGAGAACACAUCCGCAAAGAACCAACUCCCUCACCAGGUUUUCAGCGUCUCAAUUGACACCAAUCCACAGAGUGGCUCCAAGUGGUUUGAUGAUGAUGGCCGCCCCAAACGAACUGGAACUGUGUGGACUGCAAGUGCUCACAUCAUAACAGCUGUUAUUGGGUCCGGAGUUCUCUCCUUGGCUUGGGCUAUUGGUCAGCUUGGAUGGAUUGCUGGACCAGCUGUGAUGCUUUUGUUCUCGCUUGUCACUUACUAUACUUCUAUUCUGCUCUCUGCCUGCUACCGCUCUGGUGAUCCUGUCAAUGGCAAGAGGAACUACACCUACAUGGAUGCUGUUCGGGCCAACCUUGGUGGAGGAAAGGUCAAAAUAUGUGGAUUUGUGCAGUAUGUGAACCUUUUUGGUGUUGCCAUUGGCUACACAAUUGCAUCUUCUAUAAGCAUGAUGGCAAUAAAGAGGUCUAAUUGCUUCCACCAGAGUGGUGGACAAGAUCCAUGCCACAUGAAUGCCUAUCCAUAUAUGAUAGCUUUUGGCAUAGCUGAGAUUCUUUUGUCUCAGAUUCCUGGAUUUGAUCAGCUACACUGGCUCUCUCUUGUCGCUGCAGUCAUGUCCUUCACUUAUUCAUCAAUUGGUCUAGGACUCGGCAUUGGUAAAGUUGUAGAAAAUAAAAGAGUCAUGGGAAGUCUCACUGGAAUAAGCAUUGGCACUGUGACACAGACCCAAAAGAUAUGGAGGAGCUUUCAAGCACUUGGUGACAUCGCUUUUGCCUAUUCUUACUCCAUGAUCCUCAUUGAAAUUCAGGACACAGUCAAAGCCCCACCUACAGAAGCCAAGACGAUGAAGAAAGCAACUCUAAUAAGUGUUGCAGUCACAACCCUUUUCUACAUGUUCUGUGGUUGCUUUGGAUAUGCUGCUUUUGGGGACUUGUCCCCUGGAAACCUCCUUACUGGAUUUGGCUUUUAUAACCCAUACUGGCUUCUUGAUAUUGCCAAUGCUGCCAUGGUGAUUCACCUUGUUGGCAUAUACCAGUUCUCCUGCCAACCUCUCUAUGCUUUCAUCGAAAAAGAAGCAGCUCAAAGAUUUCCAGAUAGUGAAUUCAUUACGAAAGACAUCAAAAUCCCGAUUCCUGGUUUCCGCCCCUACAAUCUCAAUCUCUUUAGAAUGAUUUGGAGGACCCUCUUUGUGGUCCUCACCACUGUGAUUUCAAUGCUCCUUCCCUUCUUUAAUGACAUAGUUCGUUUACUUGGGGCUUUGGGAUUUUGGCCAUUGACGGUUUACUUCCCUGUGGAGAUGUAUAUUGUACAAAAGAAGAUACGAAAGUGGAGCACAAGAUGGCUCUGCCUGCAGAUCCUAAGUGUUGCUUGCCUCAUUAUCAGUAUAGCUGCCGCUGCUGGCUCUGUUGCUGGAAUUGUCGGCGAUCUCAAGUCGAUCAAACCCUUCCAGACCAGUUACUAAAUCAGUGAAAUAUCAGCAGUCAAUAAUGGCAAUUAGAAGACAAAAGGUUUAGAUUAUAAGGGAGGCUGAACCUCGAAGCUGCGAUUUACUUUGCAAGACUAAGAUCUUAAUUAGGAGGGUUAGUAGUGCUUUUCAGAAGUUUCAACUGUAACCUAUACGAUGUAUCAUGCUGUAAUGAAUGGGUGCAAACAUUAAUGAAUUUGUGAAACAUUUUCUGUUUUCUAUUUUUGAAAACUAUGCGAAUUUGUUGUUUCAGUGUGACCAUGCAACCUCAUAUAUUUGAGAAUUUAAGGAUAUUUUUAUUCCAUAAGAGUAUGUGUUUUUACAUGAUCAA